CAUAUACACAGGUAUGUACACUGUACACACGUUUGGAAAUAGAGAGACGACACAGAAAUCGGGUAUAAAACUGGAGACGGACACCGAUGAUGCUUCAGUCACAUGACAGCCGUCCACUUGGCACAAUCCACUCGAGACAAUUAGUCUAAGAGUAAUUAUACGCACGUGACAUUUCAAAAAAAAAAAACAAACAAAAAAAAAAAAAAUAGUCUAAACGUGUUUUCUCCAAGACAGACUGCGAGGAAACAAAAAUAAUUUGUCGUUGUUGAGAGGAAAUAUUUUUUACACGGCCUUACUAAGUGAAGAAGAAACACACGUACGAACAAAAUGAAGAUAAUCUUGGCCUUGGCGAUAUUCUUUAUAUCAGCUCGAUCGGAGUCUGGUUUCUAUUUUCCUGACCAGUUGUCAGCGCACGCAGCGAGUCAUAGCGAAGCCAGUUUCAACGGUCAGGGAAACGCUUGGGCCCAGAGCCAGAGUAACGCUGAUGCCCAGAACAAUCGGGAUGGUGGACCCGGUAGACCCGGCGGACCGGGUCAAUUUCAACCCGGAAAUGCACCACCGCAAUUCGCUGGUCCGAGCCAAGGAGGAUUUUACCCCGGAAAUAAUCCGCCGCCUUCAUUCGGUCCUGGCCGUGAUCAGGGUGGAUCAGCAAACGCCAUCAGCCAGGCGAACGCGCAGGGAUUCGGCGGAAACUAUCAGCAAGCGGGACUCGGGUUCGCGCAGCAGGGUUGGAACUCGAAUGGGUUGUCCAAUUCGAACGCUCAGAGUCAGGCGGCUGCGCAGAGCAGCGGAAACGGCGGCUUCGCGAAUUCUCAGACCAAUUCACAGGCCCAAGGCGGAUUGGCGCAGAGUCAAAGUAACGCGCAGUCUCAGUUGAGCGGAUUCGACGGCAAAGGUUACCCGUACAAUUCGAUCGCAGGUUCGACUUCCGGUAGCCAGUCAAACGGCGCUGGGGGCUCGAGCGCUGCCAGCGCCGCCAGUGCAGCAUCAACGAGCUUUGUAGGGGGCAUUCCAGUCGCCAGCGCAAGCGCAGCAGCUGCAGCAGCAUCCGCGGGAAUCGGUGGCAGCGGUGGUUCGUCGAGCAGCGCCAACAGCGUUGCCACUUCGUCCGGGUUCAAUCAAGGGUUCCAAAACGUACCCCGUCAGCCGUGGUUCACCCAAACCAGGGUUGGCGAAGAUGCAAGCAGCUCGGGCAGCGACAGUUUCAGCGCUAGCAGCGAUGAGGAAUAGACAAAAAAAGACUGAAUAAUUUUGGGGAGCCUCUUAAUCGGUGGGAGAUUUUUACGUGAGCUCUAAUUAAAACGAAUCGUAAUCGCAGUUUUUAUCAUAGUGAAACACGUAAAAAAAAAGUAGUUCUUCAAAUCGUAAACAAAUACGUGCUACGUCAUUGCUUCAUUCUCCACACCUUGGCGUAUUUUAAGACAAAAUUAACAAGCUUUGGAUCGGUGGAUUUAGACAAUCCUAUCUCGAGAUAUUGCACCUUGGAGUUUGGCACUAGCGCGAGUACCGCUAAUACUCGCGCUAACGGCUGGAGAUCUUAAACUGCGAUAUCUUGGGAUUCUUUGGUCAGAAAUCGACGAUCUAAGGCUCAUUGAAAUUGAUUGAACGCCUGCGUGAACAAUGAAAAAGUAGUGAAUUGAGAACAAAGGAAAAAACUCAUAACUCGGCUUGUAAUUUUUUCUUGAGUACCGUGUCAGAGGGGAAUGUAAACCUUUGAAAAUUGCCGCUUCCACCAUGAUUUAAGAUCUUAUAUAAAUAGUCUGAUAUUACGGUAUCUUAAAGCACGUGGUUAAAAACUAAAAAAGAAUGUAAUGAUUAGUAGUUUAAAAUAACUGAGUGGGUCCGCUUCAUAAUUACCGCGAUUUUGUCUCUACUAACAUAAUGUAUCACGCCUCUCUUCAGUUCCUUUAGCCAAUUAUUAGACCGGUCGAGUCGAGGUAGUUAAAACUUUGACUUUUGCAUCCACAAACGAAAAAUCUCGUCGCUGAAUUAUCCGGGUAGUUACAGUCUUUGUUCAUUUUUAUCCAAUCAAUUUUUUUCGAAGGAAGCUCCAUUCAUAAUAUCUCCCACUUGAUUGCUCUAUUCAUUACAUAUUUAUUACUCUUCGGAAAGAUCAUCGGCAAUGUAUAAAAUACAACUUCGCCACGAUCGCGGAACGAAUCGCCUCGAGCAACGAUGAUAUUGCUGUAAUAUGCGCAUAUAUGUGUUCAUGUGUAACUUGCAUGUAAAUGUCAAUUUGAAUAUAUAUUAUACGUCUGUACCGUGUUAAGGAAGACCACAAACACUGAACAGCCGGGAAAUACCCGAUUGGAUAAUUUUGUACGGGUAUAUGCCGAGCCCCCAGGCUACAAAUUCAUCGAGUCAAUCUUUUGAAAGUAUCUACCUGUCGUCUCCUCAAUUGGUACGCGGAUGUAAUGCCUUAUAAAUUACCACAAGCGGUAUAAACAGUGGCAUUAUGCCAUAUCGCAGGUACUAUUUAUUAACCAGCAUACACGAUAAUUUAUACAACCUCUUUUUUGGUUUCAAUAAAUGUUUAUAUUUUAAUACGUA